UGGCGCCCUCUACUGUUGGUCGUCUGAAGCACAUCUGCACACCAUCAUGGCGGCACAGGCUCGCGCUGUGGUCUCAGCCCAGUGGCUUGCGGACGCAAUCCGGAACGGCCUCGUAGGCUCCAAGAUUCGGGUUCUAGAUUCGUCAUGGUACCUCCCGAUAACCAAACGGGACCCGAAAGCGGAGUUCGCGGAGAAGCACAUCCCGGGCUCUUCUUACUUCGACAUAGACGAGUGCAGUGACCAAAGUUCACCGUACGACCACAUGUUGCCCACUAGCAGCCACUUUUCACGCUACGUGGGCGAGCUGGGAAUCGGCAACGACACGCAUGUGGUGGUGUACGACACGAACGGCUUCGGCUCGUACAGCGCCCCCCGCGUCUGGUGGAUGUUCCGACUGUUUGGUCACAACUCGGUAUCGGUGCUGGACGGGGGCAUGAAGAACUGGUUGGCCGAAGGGCGCCCGGUGACGUCAGAGCAAGUGAAGCCGGAGCGCAAAGACUUCAAGGUGUCCACGAACAACACGGCGUGGGUGAAGACUUAUGAGGACGUGCUGGAGAACAUCAGCACCAAGACGAUCCAGGUGGUAGACGCAAGAUCUGCGGGCAGGUACAGGGGGGUCGAACCGGAGCCGAGAGAGGGUACCCUACCAGGCCACUUCCCCGGUGCGAUCAACAUGCCGUUCACUUCCUUCCUGGAAGCCUCUGGAAAGUAUCUGGCCAAUGAGGACCUGUCCAGACUAUUCAGGGAAGCCGGUGUGAAAUUGGACCAGCCGCUUUGGGCCACCUGUGGUUCUGGCGUGACGGCGUGCCUUGUCGUUUUGGCAGCUCACCUGCUCGGGCACCCGGGGGUGUGCGUUUACGACGGCUCCUGGGCCGAGUGGUUUAAACGAGCAUCUCCUGAAAACGUCAUCUCAGAGGGGGAGGGAAAGGAAAUGUGAGCCAGCCGUCUCGGUAACAGAAAAAAGAAAUAGGUUUGUCCCAAGUGAAUUCAACUCUUGCUAAGACAUUUGCACAUUUUAAAAGGCACAACGCUGCUUUGUAAAAGUAUAUGAAAUAAUCUACGCAACCGUUAACAUGUUACUCAAGUAGAGCAAUAUUUGAAUGCUGCAACAGUACCACUCUAUGCAAAGGAUUUCUUUCAGACACUGCAAGAAGUGCUUAAAGUGUAUAAAGCAAUGUACUUAUGCCCCCCCUCCAGUGACAUCUUUUAUGCUGGUUGUGUUGCCGGUUCACAAACAAAGCACACUUUUUGAUUCGGGGAGUGGUCUUUUCCAAAUCAUGCACGAAAGGCAUGUUUUCAUUUUUUUUCUCACAUGAUUCCAUUUAAACUUUGUCAUGCUCAUGGGUUGUUCUCAUUAUUCAUUCACCAGAAAAGUAAAUAUUCAAUGUUUUGGUGCAUGGGCAGAGUUAGCAGGAACCUGGGUUGAAUACAGAUUGUAGCAGCAUAUAUGUUAUUAAAGACAACUUGAAAUAUCA